AUGAGUGACAGCAGUGAUAGUGAUUUCGAUGAUUUAACAGCCAUAAUGAAGGAAUAUGGACAGGAAGCAAAGGAUGAAAGCAGUUCCAGUGAUGAAGAAACUGAACAAUUGCCUAAACCACAAAAGCGAAGAAGGAAAAUUGAAGAUUUAGAAGAUGAACAGGCAAUGAAUGCAUUUUUGUUUGGUGAUAAGAAUGCAUUAGUCAAGAAUUUAGAAGGAAAACAAACAUUCUUUUUGGAUGUUGGUAACAAUGAUGAACAAGAGAUUGAAAAAGUCAGUAACGAAGAUCCAGUUUGGAACGAUUCUGAUGACGACAAUUAUGUUGAAGUUAAAGGAGAAUUUGCAAAAGUUAAGCAGAAAAGAAAGCUUGAGAGAAUUGUAGGCAAAAAGCCAAAAUGGGCUGAUUUGGAUAGAAAGGAUGAGGAAUCUGAAGAUGAAGAUAUUAUAAAACAAGCUGUUGGACAUUUAAACACAGACAAGCCUACAAAAUCAGGAUUACUUCCUAAGACUCUACUCAAUUUUAAGCGUCAAAAGAACAUGAAUAGAACAACACAAUCAGAAGGUCGAAUUAAGUCUUGCGAAUUUCAUCCAAAAUCAACAGUUGGAAUAGUAUCUGGUUCUAAAGGAAUAGUCUCAAUGUUUGCCAUUGACGGAAAGGAGAAUAGAAAGAUUCAUGACAUUUGCUAUGAAAAGUUCUUCAUUCAUUCAUGUAAAUUAACAAAUAAUGGCGAGGAAUUGGUAAUUGGUGGAUUAUUGAAAGACUUUCACAUCUACAACUUGAUGACUGGAUAUAAGCAACGCACUAGAUUACCGAAACUUCUUAAAAAUUUAAAAUAUUUCCAAUUUAGUAACUGUGGAAAGUAUAUGGCAGUUGUUGGAGAAUUUGGAGAAGUACACUUGCUACAUAGUAUCACAAAAGAAUUGUUGUGUACAAUGAAACAGGAACAUUCAAGUACAUCCUUGAGUUUUUCACCAGAUUCCAAUGAGUUGUAUUCUCAUAGCGAUGAUAAUGAAAUUACAAUAUUUGACAUUAGAACACAAAGAAUUAAGCACCGAUUUGUAGACGAUGGAUGUGUUAAUGGAACAGUUUUGACUAUUAGUUCAAAUGGAAAGUUUCUAGCUACAGGCUCUCGUCAAGGUUUCGUCAACAUUUAUGAUCGACAGGAUGUUUUGAAAUCAAAAUAUCCAUUGCCACUUAAAUCAAUAUCCAAUUUAUCAACUGAAAUCACUGACUUAAAGUUUAAUCAUACAACAGAAAUGCUAGCGAUGUGCUCAAUGGAUGAUAAUAAGGCAUUAAAACUUGUGCAUGUAGAAAGUGGCAGUGUCUUUAGCAAUUUUCCAUCUAAUCUUGAUACAAUUGGUAAACCAACUGUUUUAGCAUUUUCUCCUGAAAGUGGAUAUCUUGGUGUAGGAACAUUUAAUUCAGAAGUGCCAAUGUAUCGUCUACGACAUUUUAAUAAUUACUAA